CCGUGAUUACGCCACGCGGAGUGGACGCGUUUCGAACGAAAGCCGCCCACCGAGACGUAAACACACGAAUAUAAUAAGAACUUUCCAAAUUCGAAAUUGUUCUAAUUCGGUUCGAAGUUCAACGAGUUUGUGUUUCGAAUUUUUGUUUUGUAAACAAUCAGUGUUGUUUUUUUUUAUUUGUGCCAGCCACUAACUUUGGUGUGAGAUUGCAUUUGUGUUCAUAAUUCGAAAAUUUGAUUCUUCAACGUUCUAAUGUCACUUUUGUUUAUUCGUCUGCAGCCUUACCCUUGAUAGAUUUCGUUUGUGUUCUGAAUUCAAAAUUUAUAUGUGAAUGUGAUCGACGUUAGAAUGAGACAAAGCUAUUGAUAUUGUGUUAUGCGCGAAAGUGACAAGAUGAUGUCGCGAAGUAUUAAAUAUCAGCGUCUCGACGACGUUGAAGAGACUGGCGACAAUGAUCAGGACCUGGUGGCGGUCAGGGUACCGAUCAACGGUAUGACAUGCCAGUCGUGCGUCAGGAGCAUCGAAGGAUCGGUCAGAGACGUGCCAGGCGUGGAACGCGUUAAGGUGGAGUUAUCAGAGAACGCCGGCUACAUCAGAUAUGACCCCCGACUGUGUUCGCUGGAAGCGAUCAGGUCUCACAUAGAAAAUAUGGGGUUUGAGGUCCCGGUCGACAAUGACGACGAAAGCAGAAAUCUCCUGCCGAAGGAUGUGCCGACCGCUAUUAUGAUCGACAUGACCGGCAGCCAGACGCCGCCCGUCAGCGAAGUCUUCCUCUCAGUGAUCGGCAUGACCUGCCAAUCCUGCGUCAACACCAUAGAAGGAGCGUUGAAAGCAAAGUCGGGAGUCACAAAGGGACACGUAUCGCUCGCCGAUGGAACGGCCCGCGUCGCCUUCCUGCCCAGCACCGUCACGCCCAGGGAGAUAGCGGAUCUGAUAUAUGAACUGGGCUUCGACGUCAACAUCAUAUCCGUCGACGGACAGGUUUAUACGGAAAAUAAGUCUCAAAUAUGUAACAACACAGAGGGAUCUGGUGAUUGCGCUAAGCAAUUGUCUCCGUUCAAGAACAAACUUCAAACGAAUGGUUCAGGUCCGCCGGUCGCCGAGGCGGAACUGUCCCGAUGUACGCUGGAAGUGCGCGGGAUGACCUGCGCCAGUUGUGUCUCUGCGAUAGAAAAACAUUGCACAAAAUUAUAUGGGGUGCGUUCAGUGCUGAUUGCUCUGUUGGCUGCGAAGGCCGAGGUCUGCUACGAGCCCCGUAAGAUCUCGGCCUUAGACGUGGCCAAUUCCAUAACGGAGCUGGGCUUUCCGUCGGAGGUCAUCAGCGAGAACGACGGCAGCGGCUUAAAGGAAAUACAUUUGCUGAUAAAGGGAAUGACGUGCGCUUCAUGUGUCAAUAAAAUAGAGAAGACGGUACUUAAGCUGACCGGAGUCGAAUCCUGCUCCGUGGCCCUGACGACAUGCAAGGGCCGCGUCAAAUACAACGCAGAACAGAUCGGGCCCCGCACGAUAUGCGACGCGGUCGCCGGGCUCGGGUUCGAGGCGACGGUCGCCAGCCCCCACAACCGGGGGGAAACCAGCUAUUUGGAGCACAGAGAGGAGAUAAGGAAGUGGCGGAACGCGUUUCUGGUCUCGCUGGUGUUCGGGGCUCCGUGCAUGGCCGCCAUGGCGUAUUUCAUGUCCAUGAUGUCGCACGGCCACAGCGCCAAGGACAUGUGCUGCGUGCUGCCCGGACUCAGUUUGGAGAACCUGGUCAUGUUCCUGCUGGCGACGCCGGUGCAGUUCAUAGGCGGCUGGCAUUUCUACAAGCAAGCUUAUAAAGCUCUAAAGCACGGCACGACGAACAUGGACGUGCUGAUAGCAAUGACAACCACCAUUAGCUACGUAUAUUCUCUAGGUGUGGUUGUAGCUUCCAUGGCGACCCUCCAAGAGGCCAGUCCGGUCACGUUCUUCGACACGCCACCGAUGUUGCUGGUCUUCGUAUCUCUGGGCAGGUGGCUGGAGCACAUAGCCAAGGGUAAAACAUCGGAAGCCUUGUCGAAGCUGUUAUCGCUGAAGGCAACGGAAGCCGUGCUGGUGACCCUGGACGACAGUGGUAACAUUGUAAACGAGAAGUGCAUACCGGUUGACCUGGUGGAACGCGGAGACAUUCUGAAGGUAGUACCGGGCGCCAAGAUACCGGUCGACGGCAAAGUCAUAUCCGGUCAGACGACGUGCGACGAGUCCCUGAUAACCGGGGAAUCUAUGCCGGUGCCGAAGACGAAAGAUUCCCUGGUGAUCGGGGGCAGCAUGAACUCCAACGGCGCCGUGCUGAUGCUGGCGACCCACACCGGGGAAAGUUCGACCCUGGCCCAGAUCGUGCGGCUGGUGGAGAGCGCGCAGAGCAGUAAGGCGCCCGUGCAACGACUCGCCGACACCAUGGCGGGGUAUUUCGUUCCGUUGGUGGUGUUCCUGUCGGUCCUGACGCUGGUCUGCUGGAUCAUAAGCGGAGCUCUGGACAUAAACAGGAUAAAGGCCAUCACUCCUGAGGUGUACCUGAACGCUGGCUACUCGGACUGGGAGCUGAUCGUGCAGUCGGCGUUCCACUUCGCGCUGUCGGUGCUCGCCAUCGCGUGCCCGUGCGCGCUGGGGCUGGCCACGCCCACCGCCGUCAUGGUGGCCACGGGCGUGGGCGCCAACCUGGGGCUGCUCAUCAAGGGCGCGGAGCCGCUCGAGAACGCGCACAAGGUGAAAACUGUGAUAUUCGACAAGACCGGCACCAUAACGCGGGGCUGCACCACCGUCGCCAGGCUGUGCCUCUUCACGGGGGAGCCGGCCGCCCUGCCGGACCUCGUCGCCUGCCUCCUCGCCGCCGAACUCAACUCCGAACACCCUGUAGCUUCAGCUAUAGUCCAGUGGUGCAGUGCGGUGCUGAAGGGCGCGAACCCCCUGCAGUGUACCGGCUUCGUGGCCGCCCCUGGAUGCGGCCUCAGGGCGAAGCUAAAAGCAACGAACAGCUCCGCCAUACACGUGCCGGAGCUAGCCAACAUCGUCAACCAGGCCAAGCCGGGGUGCACUUUCGACCUUCACGGCGUCCCCGUCGAGGUGGUGGCGGGCAGUGAUGAUGCCGCCCUGAGCUCGGCCCAGGCAGCCGCGAGACUACACCGAUUGAUCAGGACCGAGGAUGGAGAUGAGUCGGCGGAGCAUAUAGUCCUGAUCGGGAACCGCGAGUGGAUGAGUCGCAACGGAGUCAACGUGCCGCGGCCGGUCCAGAAGGCGCUGUCUCAACACGAGGAGCUCGGCUACACGGCCGUGCUGGCCGCCAUCGAUGAUCAGCUGGUCUGCACCAUCGGCGUCGCGGACGAAGUAAAGCCCGAAGCCCACCUGGCCGUCUACUGGCUGAAGAAGAUGGGCCUCGAGGUGUGCCUGCUGACGGGAGACAACAGGAAGACAGCCGUCGCCAUCGCCAGACAGGUCGGCAUCAGGAAGGUGUACGCGGAGGUGCUGCCCUCGCACAAGGUCGCUAAAAUACAAAAGCUGCAGGAGGAGGGGCAGAGGGUGGCCAUGGUCGGUGACGGCGUCAACGAUUCUCCAGCCCUGGCGCAGGCCGACGUGGGCAUCGCCAUCGCCAGCGGCACCGACGUAGCCGUGGAGGCCGCAGACCUGGUGCUCAUGAGGAACGAUCUUCUGGACGUGGUGGCCUGCUUGAACCUGUCCAGGACCACCGUGAGGAGGGUCAGGCUGAACUUCCUUUUCGCUUCCGUCUACAAUCUGCUAGGGAUACCGCUGGCGAGUGGAGCCUUCGCUUUAUACGGAAUGCAGCUGCAGCCCUGGAUGGCGUCAGCUGCGAUGGCGAUGAGCUCAGUGUCCGUGGUCUGCUCAAGCUUGCUGCUCAAAACUUUCAGGAAACCAACGAUCGAAGAGUUGAGGACGCCGGAGUACCUCCAGUCGAUCCGGCUCGAGGAUCUGGACAGCGUGUCCGUGCACCGGGGACUCGACGAGAGAGUGGACCCCAGCGACCGAAGUGUCACCGCUCUAUCCAAAUUUUUCAACAGAGCCAAAGCCGACGAGGGUUGCCUCCUGCAGGACGACGACGAGCUGGCCGCCGUCUCCUUCAUACCGAAACAGCUUUCGCGCGACAGCCCUAGCCUGAACGCCUGAUAAGACUGAUAGCGUAGGUGCAUUCCGCAAACCAGACAAAAUCGAAUACAUUAUGAGGCUUCCAAUCAUCAAUACAAGUGAUCGCAUGUGACCGUGGACACGUUUCAAGCGAGCAACGCAUUAAAUGUUAAAGUUUUCAAGAAGUCGCGCCCAAAAUAUGACGUCAUUUGGGGCCAAAUCAGUGUGUUAGUGAACUUUACCAGGAGCUCUAUCGAUACAAGUGAUCACAUGUGACCGCGGACAUAUUUCAAGCGAGCAACGCACUCAAUCUUAAAGUUUUCAAGAAGUCGCGCCCAAAUUAUGACGUCAUUUGGGGCCAAACUUGUGUGUUAGUGAACUUUACUAAGAUCUACUGCCUAGUUCUGCCUCUAAGCAAUCGUUCGUUCCAAUUCGACGCGUGGGGCAGCCGGCGGGUGAUGACCACGGACUCGCUUCACGGGUGUACACUGAAAGACAAAGAUUACACACAAAUGACGUCACAAGUUGGGUUUUUUAAAACAAACAAAAAAUAGUAUUAUAUAAUAUUAUAUAUUUUUAUUUAACAAUUCUAAAUUUAAGUGACUAAUGUUAUGCUAGAAGCAAUGAACGAAUAAUAUUUUUAGUUUAAUUAACGAAUUUAUAAAUAUACAUAUACAGUUCUAGCGAUGAAAGGCUAUUUGGUUUAAGCGACAUUUACCUUUGUAAUAAAAUUAAAAAUUAAAAAAAAGAAUACCGUUUUAUUUGGUAUCAGCAUCAACAGUUCAAUGUUUCUAAUUGAACUUCAAUUAAAUUUACCUCAUUCGGUAAAUAGCUGAAGAAGUUUUUUUUUUUGUUAUGAUAUUUUUUUCCAAAUGUUUAAACUUCAAAUGGCUCUUUUGUGAAGUUGGAAAAAUUUCGCUUAACCGAAAUAGCUUUUCGCCCUUCGAUGUGUACAGGGUGUACCAGAAAGAAUGGUUAAUCCUGAAACACCUCAUAGUAGAGAUAUUGGGGACUCAAAAAAAUAAUAUAAAAAAAUAUCUCAGUAUAGUACCCAAAUUAAGUAUUUAAAAAAAAAAUUGUUGAUAUUUUCCAUACUGCUGUACGUUUCUUGAAUAUACAACAGAUACAAAUAAAUGAAAUGCGUAGGAUUUUUGGUGUUACAAUAUUCUACAUGGACUAUACUAAGGAAUACGCAGGAAAUCUUAUAUGAGUAGCUAGUGUAAUCUAUAAACAAAACGCAACUGACAGCUAAACAUAAUAUAUUCUGUGGUUAUUUAUAGUAGAAUUUUGAAAUAGACCGGUUGAUGUGUUUGAAACAAACCGUGUGGCGGAACAAAGUUCGCCGGGUCCACUAAUUUUUUAUAAAAAUUAAUCUUAACUUAAAUUUAAAUCGUAUGAACUUUGGUUAAUUUUUCUUUAUUUUUAAUUUGGGUACUACCUCAGAAAUAUAUUUUUUUAUUUUGAGCCCUCAAUAGCUCUACUAUGAGGUGUUUCAGGAUUAUCCAUUUUUUUUCUGGAACAACCUGUAUACAUAUAGAAAUGUCAAUCAUGUCCCUUUUGUUUAUUGUUUACAAACUAAGAUGAAUGAAAACCAUACAAUUAUGUUGCCUCGCUAAUCCAUAGAGGCUCGGUCGUGCCUGGUAUUGCUGUAGCCCACGGACCACGGUAAUUGGUGACAGUCAUUUCGUACUUGAUAAAUUCGCUUACGGGACACACUAAAGACGGUUUGUGAAUUAAGUAUCAUAUUUUUUGGUUUUUUUUUUUUUUGAUAAUUUCAAAAUAAAAACAGCAUUGUACAAAAAGUAACCAAUUUUUCAUUGCCCGUACGUUAUUUUAAUGUAGUCAUUAAAUUAUUUGUAUUUGAGUGUUGAUUUGUGCGAAAUGUCGCACUAAUUUUUUUUAGAUGGGUGGACGAGCUCACUGCCCACCUGGUGUUAAGUGGUUACCGGAGCCCGUAGACAUCUGCAACGUAAAUGCCACCAUGCCAUGCCGCCACCCAUCUUGAGAUAUGAGUUCUAAGGUCCCAAUACAGUGCAACGGCUGCCCCAAACCUUCAAAUCGAAACGCAUUACUGCUUCACGGCAGAAAUAUGCAAGUGGUACCUUACCCGCGCGGAAUUUGCGCCUUCCAGCCGUAGUUUGGGAAUCACUUGGAAUCACAGAUUGAUUUGAAGAUGUCCACGAACCUCAGCAGUCGCAUAUCUCUCUCCAAAGCACUCGGUUAGCUUUGCGCUUACUGAAUUUAGAGCAAUAAUCAAUUCACAUUAAUGACGUAAUGUAACCAAAGAAUUUCUUGCAUAUAUCAUGGUUACCAUAGCCUAGAUUUUUAUAACGACAUAUUAACGUAAGACGAGUGUAGGGUGACCGUGGUAUAGGCGUUAUCAGAUUCGAUAAUGAUCGCGCGACAACGAAGCUAUCAGGAUUUAAAGUUUUCGGAAGUCUCACCUUAAAUAAUGGACACCCGAGCGCGUGUUCAAAGCGGCGCUAGUGUGCCCACACGAGACACGAGGAGAUAUUGUAUUUUUUUAGAUAAUUUUUCUCCAUAUGUUCAACCAUUUCACUGUCAUACUUAAAUCAUGUAAUCUUUAUAUUUGGUAAUUAAAAAUAAUAAUUAAACAUUAGUGUUUAUUAUUUAGUACAAAAUGUCGAAUAUGUAAUCGGGAUGUCCCGGGUUCGAGACGGGGCAGUUACCGAUGAUUUUUUUGUUUAAAAAAUAACGUGUACAUAUUUAUAUAUAUCGAGGGAUGAAAACGUGUUUGGCUUAAGCGUCAUUUCGCUUAACGCGCGACAUUAAUCUUUGUAAUUAAAGGUCCGUUUUAUUUGGUAUCAGCAUCAACGGUUCAAUGUUUUUAAUUGAACUUCAAUUAAGCUUACUCCAUUCGAAUAUCUGAAAAAGUUAUGAUAUUUCUUCCAAAUUUUAAACUUCAAAUGGCUAUUCUACGGUUCGAGGUUUUUAAUUGAGCUUUAAUUAAGCUUACUCCUUUCGAAUAUCUGAAGAAGCUUUUAUUAUGUAUAUGUUUUCUAAAUUUUAAACUUUAAAAGGUUUCUCCUGUAAAGUUGCAAAAAUUUCGCUUAAACCAAACAGCCUUUUAACUCUCGAUAUGAAUAAAUGUUUGUCUGUCUGUAUUCGUCGUGUACGUUAGCAGAUGAGUGUCUUAGGUGUUUGUUUGUUGCUCAAAUGAGAAUUUUGCUAACACGAAUUGGUUCGUUUUUGCAUUAACGCGUCCGUGAACUCAAAUAAAAUAAUAUCGGCCGAGAAUCGCCUCGAAUCAAAAUAAACAAUAAUAUCGGUUAUUGUGAAUAUUUUAUUUAAUAUACACAUUAUUAUAUCGAGUGGUGAAAGGUUAUUUGGUUUGAGCGACAUUUUUGCAAACUAUACAGGAGAGCCAAUUAAAGUUUAAAAUUUGGAAAUAAUAGCAUUAAAAAAAAACUUUCGUCAACUAUUUGGAUGGAGCAAGCUUUUUUAUUUUAUUUAUUAGCUUAGAUGGGUGGACGAGCUCACAGCCCACCUGGUGUUAAGUGGUUACUGGAGCCCAUAGACAUCUACAACGUAAAUGCGCCACCCACCUUGAGAUAUAUCUCUGUAUAGUUACAACGGCUGCCCCACCCUUCAAACCGCAACGCAUUACUGCCUUACGGCAGAAAUAGGCGGGGUGGUGGUACCUACCCCCGCGGACUCGCAAGAGGUCCUACCACGAGUAAAAAACUUAAUUGAAGUUCAAUUAAAAACAUCGAACUGUUGAUGCUGAUAUCAAAUAAAACGGACCUUUAAUUACAAAGAUAAAUGUCGCUUAGACCAAAUAGCUUUUCACCUGUCGAUCUAUACGUUGACUGAAUUCGGUAAUUUACAAGUGACAUAGACAUUGUUAUUACACUUUGAAAUAUCUGACUAAACACUAAAUUGACAAAUUGAAAUAAUUCACAUACCUCUAACCCUUUCCAUACUUAUUCGCCGUUAGAAUAAGAGGCUAUUCCAGCUAUGAGCGAGAAACUCAGUUAUUUUGUCGGGAAUAUGAUAAUGUUAAUGUCACUCACUGGCCAACAUCGAAUUCAGUCAACGGUAGAAAUAACUUUAAAAAUAUUUCCUGUACCUACUACAAAAGAAUGUAACUUUGUAAUGUUUUUUUUUUUUGUACAUAAAAUAACUAAUUCUUAUGUUAUUAAAAAUUUUUUUUAUAU